GGCGCUUCCUGUUUCAAAGUCCAGCUGAGUUUUACGAGAAUAUUACAAUAUCUUAGUUUUUUAUGUUUAACGUCGUGUGCGUGGAAAAGAGAGAGUGUGUAUGAGUGUGUGUGUGUGUGUGUGAGCUGCAGACAGACAUGCAGCAGGCUGUGGAGUCUCUGGUCCAACUCCUGGAGUCCUACAGAGGAAGAGAUAAAGUUAUCAGGACGUUUUGCUAUGGCUCCCAGCUCGUUGGAGGAGUUCUUCAGGCAGGAGCAGUCGUGUCGUCCCACAGCCUCGGGAAAAGUCUGCUCCUGUUUUCUGCUCAGCUCAGCCAAUGUCGGACAAUGCUGAGGCUGUUUGAUGAUCUCUCCAUGUUGGCCUACACCCACAGCUACGGGUUUGGAGCCAGGGAGGGGGACUCAUGUCUGCGUUGGAUUUCUGUGCUAAACAAUGUGGCAGACCAGCUCUAUUACCCAUGUGAACACAUCGCAUGGGCCGCCGACGCUGAGCUAAUCAAAGUGAGAUCCGCUGAGUGGUGGCUGUUCAGCACGGUGCUGUGGGGACUUUCACUGUUGUUGGGAAUACUCAGGUCAUUUCGAAUUCUGCUGCUGCUGACGAAGAAGCUGAAGAGUUGUGGAAGACAUAAAGCUGACAACAGUCGCUCCCAGAUCCACAUACAGAUGCGAGAUGAGGUUCUCUCCAUUCUCAGCAAAAUGGCCGAUCUGAGUAACGCCAUUCACUGGAUGCCGCCUGGCUUCCUGUGGGCUGGUCGAUUUCCCGUUUGGUUGGUGGGACUGAUGGGCACAAUCUCGUCUGUGAUUGGUUUGAUCCCGGCAAAUGCUGGCAACAGUUCCUAAACAUAAAUAGAUAGAAACUGAUGAAAUGAGUAUGAGAUGCUUUUAUCAGCACUGAGUGAAUAUGCAGGUCGGUGUAUAUCAGAGGUAAAUCCUGAGUGACAAGAUGUGUAGCAGGUGUAGGAAAUGUGAAAUCACAUUAAUCUGGAUCUGUAACGGUUAUGUAAGUGGAUAAACGUAAUAGUCUUGCAGCCAAUUAUCGGAUGUGACUGAAAGUAAUAGACAACUUAAUUAAUUUGUAUCAUAAAAUAUGUAAAUAAUUAAGCAGCAGCAGGUUCAUCUUGUCACUGUUAUUAAGUAUUAAAUAAACAAAUACUUUGAAAGAGUCAUAGUGUACAAAAAAUAGAUCAGUCUUCAAUGACUCAAAGUGCGAAGUUUAUUUAGAACACACUUUUGAUGUGUGAGGCGAGUUUAGAUCCUACUGUGGUUAUUACUUGGAUUCAUAUUUGAAUCUAUCCCAUAAUACCUCCUGCUUUUUCAACACUGUUUAAAAUAUAGCUACUUUGUCUGGGAAAGCAAGUCUUAUGCCUGAGCAGCACAAGAUCCAUUACGGUGUGUGGAUUUGCAAAGUGAUCCAGGACUUCAUCACGAUAGAUGAUAUUGGACUUCUACCUGUUCAGAGAGUUUCAUAUCUUUGUUUUCCAAAUCUAUGUAGUGACUUUGGAGAAAUACAAUGACAAGAUGAUUUAUAAUUUUCUCCCUAGACACACUCCAUACAUCUAAUGUGAUUUACAGUAAUUAAAAAACUCUUAAUUUAUUAUCAUGAUUUUGUUAUUGUACAUGUUGAAUGAACUGUUAUGAUGUUGUCACAUGAAAUUCCUCUUCUUCUUCUUCUGUCACUGUGUAAACACCAAGUGCUGGUUUAAGCAUAUCAGUUCCCAAAACCUGUACUACAGGUACAGGUUUUUUAAUUUUCCUGUGGAAACUGAACUUAUUGCUCAACAAAUGGAACAGAAGAUAACUGUAAACUGAAUUUUAAAUAUUUUGAAUCAUGUAAAUAAAUGACAUUAAUAAAAUAAAAAAAACGACCUUUAAGAUA